ACUGGGCAGGGAACAAUUACAGGCACCAGACACCUGUGUCGGUUACCCGUUUCUAGAAAUGAGAGCGGUCGCCGGCGUUCCCAGUAACUGGCCGACCGAUUCCGCGGUCACGUCGCCAUUCGCAAAUAGCUGACACUGACACACGAACAUUGUUACGCAAGUAAGGAAUGGACUCAUUUUAAAUAGUUUAGUGACACAUAUUGCUCAUGCUUACAAUAUAGUGACUUUAAAAACGAAAGUCGUGAUUAAAAAGCAGCUAGUUACAACAGCGCCGCGUGCGUAAUGGAGGAGAAGACCGAAACCGUACAUUUGCAGCCGAUAGCCGAGCCAACCAAAGAUGGCGUUCCCGCUAGUUUUGCCGACGACGAGGACUAUGAUCCACACGAGCACCGACAAGUGAACAGGCCCACAAAUGAUUUUGAGACGCUCGUUCACCUGCUGAAAUGCAGCUUGGGCACGGGCAUUCUCGCCAUGCCGCAGGCGUUCGCGCGCUCCGGCCUCGUCACCGGCAUCAUCUCCACCAUCAUCGUCGGCGCGCUCUGCACUUACUGUUUACAUGUUCUGGUGCGUUCCCAGUACGAGCUGUGCAAGCGUCUGCGGGUGCCGCUGCUGACGUACCCGGAGUCGAUGGCGGCGGCGCUGUCGCGCGGGCCACCCGCGCUGCGCGCGCUGGCGCGCCCUUCCGCGCUCGCUGUCGACAUAUUCCUCGUUGUCUACCAGCUUGGAAUCUGCUGCGUCUAUAUUGUCUUCAUUGCAGAAAAUAUUAAAGCGAUGGUCGACGAUUACUAUGUGAUGGAUGUGAAAAUCCACAUGGUUAUUAUCCUGGGACCGCUGAUCGCAUUCAACUGUAUUCCCAAUUUGAAGAUUCUGGCGCCAUUCUCAACACUCGCAAAUCUAAUCACUUUCGUCGGCCUUGGUAUUGUGCUGUACUUCUUACUGGGGACUGAGAAGAAAUCACAAACGCCUUUAGACCUGUGGGGCUCCUUUAAGACAUACCCUUUGUUUUUUGGGACUAUUCUGUUUGCGCUUACUGCUGUGGGGGUUGUGAUAGCAUUAGAGAACAACAUGAAGACGCCCAAGUCUUUCGGGAAGCCGUUCGGCGUGCUCAACGUGGGCAUGACCUUUAUCGUGGUGCUUUACAUCGCCGUCGGUGCCAUCGGCUACGUGUUCUGCGUUGAGAAGUGCAGCGACUCCGUCACGCUCGAUCUCCCUCAGAACUCAUGGGUUGCGACGAGCGUGAAAGCGAUGUUUGCGGUGGCCAUUUUCAUUAGCUACGGACUGCAGUGUUACGUGCCGGUGGACGUGGUGUGGAGCGGCUACCUACGCCCGCGGCUUCUACAGUCCCACGCAUCGCAGCCCAAACUUGUCGCGUCUGAAUACGCCCUCCGGAUCGCACUGUGCCUUCUCACGUUCGUGUUCGCUGUGUCAAUCCCCCGACUCGGGUUGUUCAUCUCGCUGUUUGGUGCGCUGUGUUUAUCGGCGCUGGGCAUCUGCUUCCCGGCGCUGAUGGAGAUGUGCUUGUCGUGGGCGGAGGCGGGCGCGACGGGCGGCGGUCGCCUUCGGCGCCUCAAAGAUUGGCUGCUGUUUAUCUUCGGCAUCAUUGGCCUGGUCGUCGGCACCGCCACGGCGCUGCUUGCCAUUGUGAAAUCCUUCUAGACCCCGCUCGCACAGGCAAACUAGAAAGUGCGUAUGCUUGCGUUUGCCAGAACACACACUUGUGCAAAUAGUGACACUGCUGACAGCUAGCUUUUUUUGUAGAUACCAUAGAAUUAGGAUAUAAACCUUAUAAUAAUUAUAAUUAUUAUGUAAGAAUAGCAAUAAUUACUGUGAUUGACUAGAUUACUGAUGUCUAUCAUUAAAGACAAUGGUUGACAAUGAUAUUAGCCAUAUUAGGUAGCUACUUACAACUUUUCGAAUGAUACAAAGCUUAGGAACCAAAGAAUGAAAAUAAAAAAACAUUCUUAGUAAGUAUUUUUAUAUAUAAACUACAACAUUAUAGUAACUUAUAAUAAAAUUGUUUUAAGCGUCGCAAGAACUUAACCGUCGCCAUAUAGUCGAAGUUAUACUCGCAAAUCUUCAAUCACACUAUUUUCUUUGUAUUACAAUUUUAGCAACUAAAACUAAUACCUACUACACAUAUAUAUAAAUACGUUACUGUCGCGCCACUCCUCCAAUGCAUGGUAAAUGAGAGUUUCUUGACCGAUAGUGGUUCGCACACAACAUGUGAAAAAUAUCGAUGUGCUAACUUACCGAAAAGAAAUAAGUGUGCGAUCUCUCUUUAUUUGACUUACACUCGCCUCUGCUCUUCGAAGGGCGUACUUUUGUCUACUUCGGUCGAUCUUGUGCCGAAGUCUUCCAGCCGAGCGAUGGUUCAAUGUCACAUCUCCGCGUACCAUUUCACAUACCUACCAUAAUAUAAUAAGGGACCGUCCCGUCCGGUCGACAGCACUACGCAUACGCAUACCAUUUAUAUACGCCGCGUUGGAAUGCAAACCACAUAUUUUCGGCUUGCGGUGGCUUACCACCUCUCAUUUACCAGAACUUAGAUGCAGAAAUGCAAAACACGUAAUAAUAAUAAAAUUAAUAAAGCAUUUUAUCUUAACUGUGACGCCUGCACUUGUAAUUAUUAAUCAUUUUUUAUUUGUUCAGUUCCUAUUAGUAGGUAUGCAUGUGUUUUGGAUAGUUAAUGGUUUGUUACUUUUCUGUGGGUGUGCGAGCACUGAAGCAUUUUCUUAAAUACCUAUUUAUGUUUUUAUUACAUUUUACCUACUAACUAGAUAAGGACGCUUUCAUUUUCCCACGGAGAAAAGCUUAUUUUUGACAGCACGCAUGUAAAAUCAAGCUAGGUGGCGAAGUUAUUGAACCAUAAGUACCUAAAUAGGCAAUAGUUAUUUGUUGUGCAAGGCUGCAAAGUGGUUAUUUGGCUCGAGUGUUGAAAUUGAAAGCUGAGCGUAGCGAGGCUUUCAAGACACGAGACGCCAAAUAAUUUUGCAGCCGUGCGGCACAUACAACUUUUCACCUCACUACUGCGAGGAAAAUGCGUGACGUGUGCUUUUCUCUCGUUUAUUUUGUUUGGAUUUGAGUGUGUUAUGUCUUAAAUUUGAUAUGUUAAAUAGAGGGCAAAAUUAAAUAUGAUUAUUUAUAUAUACAGUGUGGAAAGAUAAGUCGGGCCCUGGAGGGAAACUACCUUAAAUCCUUAAGCUGGUUCAUUUUACGUAAAGGAGACAUUCCUUUAUUUUUAAAAAGAAAAAAAAACUGCAUUCAAAGAUUUAAAACUCGCUUGCCUCGCCCGGGACUCGAACCAACUAAAAUAUAAAAAAAACAAACACCCUAUUUUAUUAUACUAAUCGAUAAUAUAAUUCUUCAGGAUAAAAUUUUACGUAAAGGAGACAUUCUUUUAUUAAAAAAUAAAUAAAAAGGUUAAAUGAGCCAGCUUAAGGAUUUAAGGUAGGUUUCCUCCAGGGCACGACUUAUCUUUCCACACUGUACCUAUAUAUAAAUAAUCAUAUUUAAUUUUGCCCUCUAUUUAACAUAUCAAAUUUAAGACAUAACACACUCAAAUCUAAACAAAAUAAACAAGAGAAAAGCACAUAUUCAUCGUGUUCGAAAUUCAAAUGACUUUGCACGCUAGCGGAUAAAAUAGACUUUUGCGCGCAGAUUUCGUGCUAUAAACUGAGGUUUUCCGAGCGAGAGGUGAAAAAGAUCUUUGAUACCUACCUGUUAAUGUCAAUAAUGAAUUUGUCUUCUCUUUUCUAUCUCUGUUUUCGCUGACGAAUUAACAACCAGCGACUUGGUGGGCCAAUGUGUACACAUUUUUUCCAUGUAUUAAGUACCUACAUCAAUAAUUAAUUGUAUAUGUUUACAACCUAUACUUAUGUAAAACGUAUGUACACAGGCACUUAGGAAAUAUUUAUAAACUGUCGUUUUACAUAAAUUGCGAAAAUGUGUAAACAGGGAAUGGUUUGUCAUGACGGUGGUAGUGGUGGUGGCUGUUUAAUCUAAUUUAAGUAUAUUUAGAUCUGUCAAUAUAAGUAUUUACUUCAUGAACAUUUGUUGAGCCCCUAGACUAAUUCGAAUACAUAAUAAUUGAAUGAGAAACGAUAUAUUAGAUAAGUACCUACUGGGAUUAAAUUGAGUCAAUGAAUUCUUAGUGGUAUCAAUAAAUGGUAAUAAGUUCUUAAGGUCACUAAUUUACACUGUCAUUAUUUUUAUCAUUUAGGAUUUUUUCCAGCCACCAUAUUCACAUUGACAACAUAUUUUACUUGCUUUUGAUUCGUUUUGAUAGUUAUUUAUUGCUUUUAUAAAUUUUUAUUAUUCGAUCUUUGUUAACUAAAGUCAAGAUAAAAUAAAACACGAGUACCUACCUUAAAAUGUCAUUAAAAAAUGACAUAAAAAAUGUUUUAGUUGUUACUGAAAAAUUUUAUUAUAUAACUGUAGAAUAUUUCUAUACCUACGAAGAAAUCUGUUAUUUUUAAUUAAUUUUCGCAUUACAUUCAUCUUUGUCAUACUCGUUGCUAAACAUGAGCUUGUCUCUUUCUCUUUCGGUGAGCGGAAGCUUGUUAGCACGUGCACAUUUCUCGCUUGCCCAGGUGCGACUAAAGGCAACUUGUACAAUUUGUCACAAGGUAAGGUAAGCGCUCUAAUUUUGGAACGCCUUUAUCAUAUCUUGAGUAACAUUGUUACUGAACUGAAAUGUUGUCAAUUAAGAUACAAACCGUGAUUAUGAUUUCAUUAUCAGUCCAUAAUUAAACAGGUCUAUUCAAAUAUUUCAUUGUUAUAUUGAAUUAUAAAAGUAGAUAAUUUAACAAUUACUUUGUACCAUGCAUUGAUUAAGUAUACCAGAGCUUUUUCUUUAAAAUGUAGAUGACUUGCAACAGUUCUGUUGCAACUAAUGUAAUUUUUUUCAGUUGCAUGGAACAACCUAAUAUACACUCCAAACCGGUCGAUAAUAUAUAUGAG